AACUCAAUUGAGAAAAUAAUACAAAAAAUCUUCUACAAGAAAUGAACAGAAUAGUGAUAUUAUAGUGAAAAUCUUAAAACGUGUUUCGUGCUGUAAUUUGUCAACUGCCUAAAUAACCAGAAAAAGAUGACAACGCACAAACAGAUUUCUACAUCGUGUGAGGAUGAUCUCAAUGUUUUCGGCAAUGAGAAAAAAGCGACAGAGGAUACAGAGGAAGAAACAGAGAUGAAAAGGCCGAAGUGUAGGCUCGACGCGAACGGUCGGCUAAAUCUCAAAGAUAUUCUACUGUCUUUUAAUGGACCGGUUAGCCAAGAGCAAGCAUGGGCUUUAUGUUAUCAAACGGCCAAGAGUUUGUCACGUUUAUCAGAGAACAAUUUUUAUGAACUCUCGGAGUUAUCGCAGAUCGUCCUUCACAAGGAUGGUGAUGUUUGGCUUGGAGAUCUAAUCAAAUCGGAGAAACCCCGUGUAUCCGAAAAAAAGGCAAUGUUUUCGUUAGGCAUGAUGAUAUUUAAAGCGCUCGAUUUCGGCCUAGAUGAACAAGAAGAAAGGCCUUUAUCACCGGAUCUAGAAGCCCUUAUAACAUUGAUGACAAGUGCAGAUCAAGAAAUUGAAGGUGAGACGGAAGAACGUCCACAGGAAACGGACGAUGAAGGUAUUGAGCGGGACUCCAGUGAUGCUGAUGUAGAUGAAUUUUUGUCACAAAAAAGUAACGAUAUGUAUGAAGAAAGAUCAACGACAUAUUCCCUAAAAAAUGUGAUGCAAUUAUGUACCAGGCAUAUGCAAACUUCCAUUGAGUCUGCUGAAGUUCAUUAUAAGGCAGUAAUACGGGCAUUUGUAACAGAGGCUCUGGAAUUGUCACAAUUUUUGGAUACAGUAGCAGCUGACAAAUUACAAGCUAGUCAAAGAGAAGGUGCUAACAAUGAUGGCAAUAAGCAAAGCUCGAUGUCCGUUCAGAACCUUGAUACGUUAGAUUUCAUUGAUUGGACUGACAUUAGGAUUUGGAGGGCUAUACAAGCAAGAUUUUGGGUACAAGUUAUCCAAGAAUUACGGAAAGGCGUGAAAUUGAAAAAAGUAGAAGCCAAUUUGGGUUCAAAGAACACUGUUCGUGGACGCGGAAGAGGAGCAGAAUUUGAAUUAACACCGUAUGAAAUUUUAAUGGAUGAUAUUCGGAAAAGGAGAUAUCAUCUAAGGAAAACACCAUCACCAACGCCACAUUUGCGAAAAGAUGCACACGCUGUCAUUCUUGAAUUUAUUCGGAGCAGACCACCUCUUAAAAAGGCAUCUGAGAGACAACUGCCACCUCUGCAGAAGGAAUGGACUCUUCGGGAAUUACUUAUGGAAAGCAUAAAGAAACCACCAAAUUUAAGAUCGUCACGCAACAGAUACGUUCCUAAGACCGAAAGAAUAUCCCCACAAAGUGAUCAUAUCCAAAGUAUCACUGAUGUGAAGGAUAAUGAACCACCUAUAAUACCGAAACCUCCUCGGAGGGAUUUAGACAGCAUUAAUUCUACAACAAGUAGAAGAAAAGUAAUACCCGUAGAUUUUGAUUUGAAGCUCGACGCGGAAGAUGAAGAGGAUGACGAAGAUUACAACGAUGAAUUUGCAGUAACAAGGUUUGAAGAAGAGGAUGAAGCAUCAAACUACUGGCAGUUGAAAGAGGAUUACACAUUCAUAAACAGUGGUAAUGCAAGGAGUAGACAUAAAGUUCAAAGGGAUGACGACGAAGCAGGUUCUGCAAAUCCUUGGCGAAGAACUGGUGGACUGCGUUUGACGAGAAAUGAGUAUCACCGAUUUUGUGAUACACAACUUGAAUCUUAUGAUCUUGCAACACAGUGUCCAUCUAGAAGAGCAUCUGCUCGAAAACACGCAGCGAGGCGUAGUAUAGCUCUUACAGCAUUAACUGGUACUACUUCUCUUCCUCAUUCGAGGCCACAGAGUCGUCAAUAUACAGGUGCAACUGAAUCGUCGUUGAGUCAAGGUCCGAGUCCUAAUGUCAGCGUAAAUCCUAGUCCAAGUUUGAGUCCUCAACCAAGAGCAAGGCAACCGCGACGUUCGCAAAUUAUCGCCGAAGGUACGAAAGAUAAUGAAGAUCAAAGUGAAGACUGGCAAGAUGAUAAAGGACAGAAACCUACAUUAGGUGAUAUGUUCCUGGAUGAAAGACUUUCUCUAACCUUAGAAGAGAUUGUGCAUAUUCGUAGUGUUCUAACUAAAGCAGAAUUGGAAUCUCUGCCUGUAGAAGGGCGCGUAAAGGAAGAUGUAGAAAAAAGACGCGUUUGUUUUCUUUGUUUAAAAACGAGGUUUGGAUUGUUAGGACCUUGGGGGCAACGUUGUCGUCUAUGCGAAAGGACUGUAUGUGUAAAAUGUUACUCCAAAAUGCGAAUUCCAACAGAACAUUUUGCCCAUGUUCCGGUAGUUUUACUAUCUCCUGGUCUUCUUCUAUCUCCAUCAUCCUCAGAACCAGAUACUAGCAAAAGUUCGUGGCUGAGAGGCAACGGAGCAGCUGGAUCUGCACCGGCAUCACCCGCCUCUAGACGUAAGGAUUCGUCGUUGAAAAGCGUAACGCCUUCAUCCACGCCUACUACAACACCUGUUUUGAUACUUACACCGACUUCCACACCGCCUUCUCAUGUUCGUCGUGAAACAGAGAAUCAAGAAAAAAGGAGUUAUAAAGGCAGUGGCAGUCCAGCUAAUGUGCCAUCACCGAAGGCAUUCUCCAGUUUCACUAAUCAAAGCUCGGAACAACGAUUGGCCGCGGAAAGAUUGCGUGGUGUUUCAAUGGUAGUCUGUCAUGAUUGUCGUAUUAUGGUGAUACAGAUAAUUAAGAGUUCAAGAACAACACGGGCUACAAUACGUAAUAAUGUCAUUUCACGACUUACUUUAAACCUUUCGCCAGCCUACGUUUGAAUCCCCCCCCCAAAAAAGAAAGAAAAGUUCCAUGCACGAGAUUUUUGUUGGAUAAAAUGGUGCAUCUCGUUUUCAAUUCUACUAAUGAGUAACAUACUAAUUAUGCUAAUAAGUGAGGCACGUAGAUUAGAUUUCUCUUCUUCGUCCGGUGUCUUGUGC